AUGGCAGUAGAUGGGACUGGCUGGCUGAUGUGGCCUCAAGUCCCAGCACCGGCAUGGCAUCCUCCACCCACAGGAGUGGCCCGCCCACCGCCGCACGGUGUCCAUCGCCCCACAGUGCCCAUCGACCCACAUUGCCCAUCGCCCCACAGUGCCCAUCGCCCCAUAUUGCCCAUCGCCCCACAGUGCCCAUUGCCCAUCGCCCCACAGUGCCCAUUGCCCCAUAUUGCCCAUCACCCCAUAUUGCCCAUCGGCCCAUAUUGCCCAUUGCCCCACAUUGCCCAUCGCCCCACAGUGCCCAUCGCCCCACAGUGCCCAUUGCCCCAUAUUGCCCAUCACCCCAUAUUGCCCAUCGGCCCAUAUUGCCCAUUGCCCCACAUUGCCCAUCGCCCCACAGUGCCCAUCGCCCCACAGUGCCCAUUGCCCAUCGCCCCACAGUGCCCAUCGCCCCAUAUUGCCCAUCGCCCCACAGCGUCCAUCACCCCAUAUUGCCCAUCGCCCCACAGCGUCCAUCGCCCCAUAUUGCCCAUCGCCCCACAGCGUCCAUCACCCCAUAUUGCCCAUCGCCCCACAGCGUCCAUCGCCCCAUAUUGCCCAUCGCCCCACAGCGUCCAUCGCCCCAUAUUGCCCAUCGCCCCAGAGUGCCCAUCGGCCCAUAUUGCCCAUUGCCCCACAUUGCCCAUCGCCCCACAGCGUCCAUCGCCCCAUAGUGCCCAUCGCCCCACAGUGCCCAUCGGCCCAUAUUGCCCAUUGCCCCACAUUGCCCAUCGCCCCACAGCGUCCAUCGCCCCACAGUGCCCAUUGCCCCAUAUUGCCAUUGCCCCACAGCGUCCAUCGCCCCAUAUUGCCCAUCGCCCCACAGCGUCCAUCACCCCAUAUUGCCCAUCGCCCCAUAUUGCCCAUCGCCCCAUAUUGCCCAUCGCCCCACAGUGCCCAUCGGCCCAUAUUGCCCAUUGCCCCACAUUGCCCAUCGCCCCACAGCGUCCAUCGCCCCACAGCGUCCAUCGCCCCAUAUUGCCCAUCGCCCCACAGCGUCCAUCGCCCCACAGCGUCCAUCGCCCCAUAUUGCCCAUCACCCCACAGCGUCCAUCGCCCCAUAUUGCCCAUCGCCCCACAGCAUCCAUCGCCCCACAGCAUCCAUAG